GAACUGAUAUGUACACGAACUCUGGCAGCACACAAAUACUUAAUUACAGAUCCUCGUGGAUUAGUAUUUAAAUGGCCAGUCAUAUGGGCGCAGUAAAACAGCCGCGCUGCGCAUGCACGGGUUUCCAUGAGCGCGGUUGCGUCAACAAAAACUGACGAAACACAGCAAGGCAUUUUUCAAAAAUGAGGGCCAGACUCCACCCAGCGCUCACUUCCGUGUUGUGUCACGUGCUACUCAACCGCGUCGUCUAUUGGUUGGUUUAUAUCCCCGGAUUAAUUUUUGCAAAGAGACUGAGGUUCUAACACAAAUACGAAGGAAAUGUUUCGGGAAAAAAACACAAAUAUCGACUUAGAGUGAUUCUGCACUUUUUAAAUAAGAGAAUAAAGUCUAUUUAAAUGCAUUAAUAUAACGUUUUACCUGCUAUUUUAGCACUGAGCCCUAAGAAACUGUACUCAUGAAUACUUACUCUGAUGCGCUGUGUCUGGCGCAGUGCAGAGUGGGUACACUGACCGCUAAAGCAUCUUUAGGGACUCCAUUCUGAAUGGUUCACCAGCAGAGUCAUGCACCGCAUCUGCAUCUCAGCUAAGACUAAUCAUUCAAUUCCAUAAAACACCAUGAAAAUGAAUACGGAUCGCUUCAACCUCACUGUGGACGAGUAUUUAGCUGAAACGAAUGUGCUGUACUAUCUCAACGAUGCGGUCACACAGCUGCUUGAACAUAAAGAUGAAUACACUCAGUUUGGUGUGGUCCGAUAUUUUGCAGAAUAUUUUACCAGUGUGAAGAACGGGAAUCAUGUGCUCUUCAGGGAAUUCAGUUACAUCAAGGCGACUUCUCACAAUAGAGAGUCCUUCAUUCAUAUCUUCUGGAAAUGCUUCAGACAGAUUGGAAAGAAUGGGGAUCUGUUGGCAAUGGCAGAAUAUAGUUCACUUUUACAGCUGUUGUGUCCUGACUUUCCUACUGAGAUGGUACAAAAUGCAGCCAGGAUUGUACUGACAGAAGAUGCCACUGACUGUCUAAUGUCAUUCUCAGAUUUUAUUUAUUCAUUCCAAAUCCAGUUCUUUUUUGAAGAGUUUGUGGAGAGUGUGUCUGUGAUUUACCAAGACCUACUGUCGGGGAAGAGCCCAAACACUGUCAUAGUCCCGACCUCCACCUCGGUGGAGCAGUUAUCCAGCGCAGUCAACGAGGAGCCGGACGCUCAAGGCGGCGUAGACUCCUCCAUCUUUUGUGAAUGUAUUGAAGGACUUUGUGAGAGGUUUAAACACAAGUUUCCUUCCACUGUUGCCGUUAAGGAGAUAUUAGAGAGCAGUCAGCGAGUGUCUUUCUAUGGCUUCCUGAUGGCUUUGGCCAAACAUGAGGGCGUAAACCAAGACAUCGGUGCUCUUCCCAAUAAAUCGGACCUGUUGAUUGAUCCAGAGAUGGACCAGGAGCUGGAGAGACUCAUAGCUCAAGUCGCCAUCAGCCCGACCUCCAACAACAGCAGCAGCAGCGCUGCAGGACAGAAGGAAACGUCCAAGAAGGCCUCACCGCGCAAGUCCCUGCACCAACGCAAGAGGAUCGAAAUGGAGAGUGAUGGUUCCACGGAGGAGACCGACUCUUCUGAGAAUUAACAUGCACACCUGCUUCUGAGCAUAUUAAUGGUUUUAUAGACAACUGUGCUGGUUCACUAAUUUGACUAGAAAAAUGAUGUUCCAAUAGUGCUGAUACGUGUCUGUGUUCACUACUUUCCAGUUCUAUGGGCUUCUCUGUAACCCAACUACUUCCGUUGCUGAAGCAAAAAAGUAAACAAAUUAGCCUGCCAUUUUGUGUCUGAAAUGUCAAAUAUUUAUAUUAACUUUUGUAGAAAUGUAAAAAAUAUAGUAGUGUAAUUGAUCUGUGAUGUACUUUUAGAGGUUAAACCCAGAGAAUAUCACACUUGAAUGCAAUAGUGUAUAUAAAAAAAAUAAUUUUAGUUUAAUUAAACAUAUAAGGUCAGUAAGUUUAAAUAAUUUACAUAAACUUUUAUUCAUCAAGAAUGCAUUAAACUGAUUUAAAAGUC